CUUUCCCAGGCCCACGUCAGACACUAUUACGCGAUCACGAGUAACGCCUGGACAAAAAUAUCUCGUGACACUCUGCCCGUAAAGAUCAAUCCGUAAACAUUGACGUAAGUGUUGUAACCACGGAAAUUAUGGCUCGAAUCGUUGAAUGUGUUCCAAAUUUUUCCGAAGGACGAAAUAAAGAGGUGAUUGACGCCAUUGCACAAGCUAUUGCUUCUGUUGAUGGCUGUUCACUCCUUGACGUGGAUCCAGGCGUGUCCACAAACAGGACGGUUUACACAUUUGUCGGUUCGCCUGAAAGUGUGGUGGAAGGAGCUUUGAAUGGAGCAAGAAUGGCAAUGCAGUUGAUCGACAUGACAAGUCACCAGGGAGAACAUAAAAGGCUUGGUGCCUUGGAUGUGUGCCCUUUUAUUCCUGUCCAGGGAGUAACUAUGGAUGACUGUGUUCAGUGUGCAAAAAUAUUUGGAGAGAGAGCAGCUAUGGAGCUUGGAAUACCAGUUUAUUUGUACGGGUAUGCCUCUAACACAGAGUAUCGAAAAACUGUCCCACAAAUAAGGGCAGGGGAGUAUGAAGGACUUGCUGAAAAGAUAAAGAAAUCAGAGUGGAAGCCAGACUUUGGUCCAGCUGAGUUCAUUCCCACCUGGGGAGCUACCAUUGCAGGAGCAAGGAAGUUCUUGAUUGCAUACAAUAUUAACAUUUUGGGGACAAAGGAACAAGCCCACCGCCUGGCGCUGAACCUAAGAUCACAAGGCAGAGGUCCUGAUCAGCCUGGCCGCCUCUCUGAAUGCCAGGGCAUGGGCUGGUAUCUGGAAGAAGCAAAUGUAGCUCAAGUGUCUUUAAAUCUUCUGGACUAUCGUCAAGCUGGUAUGCACACUGCCUUUGAGGGGUGUGUGAAUGAUGCAAGGGAACUGAAGCUUGCUAUUUGUGGAUCACAGAUUGUGGGCCUUGUACCCCUGGAAGCCAUGCUAUUGACUGCUGACUUCUACAUUGAGAAAGAAAAUCUUUUUAUUGUGGGUGAAGAUCAAAAGAUUCGCUUGGCGAUAGAGAGACUAGGACUAAACUCAAUCACCCCAUUUGAUCCUAAAACAAGAAUAAUUGAAUACAUGGUUGGUGAUGUGGAAGACGGACCUCUGGUGUCAAUGUCUUUGCGACAGUUUAUCUACAGUUUGGGAUCUAGAUCAUCAGCCCCAGGAGGGGGAUCCGCAUCUGCUGCCAUUGCUGCUAUGGGUGCUGCACUAGCGACCAUGGUUGGCUGGUUAACUUACGGAAACAAGAAAUUUGAAGCGUUGGAUUCACAGAUGAGGACACUUAUUCCUCCCCUGAGACAAGCAAUGCUGGAUUUUAUUCCUAUGAUUGAUGCAGACACAAAUGCAUUCAGCGGAUUCAUGGAAGCAAAGAAACUUUCAAAAACUACCCCUGAAGAAGAGGAAAAACGUGAGAAAGCUUUGCAAGAUGGGCUCAGAUCCGCUGUUGAGGUGCCUCUUAAUGUUAUCAAAACAGCUACCAAGGUGUGGAACCCGAUGGUAGAGCUUGCCAAAAUUGGAAAUAUCAACAGCAAAUCUGAUCUGCAGGUUGGGGCUCGAAGUCUGGAGACAGCCGUGUGGGGCGCAUUCCACAACGUGAAGAUUAACUUAGAUGACAUAAGUGAUGAAAAUUUUAAGAAACAAGUUGUACACGAAGCGGAAUCCUCUUUGGAAAAUGCACAAGAAAAAUGCAAGGAAAUCUUGAAGAUCUUAGAGGAAAGAGAGUAAUAAAACAACAACCCUGUGUAGAAGAAUCAGAAUUGGCUGAGAUGGUCGGUGGGGCAAAAGGUUUGAAUGCACCCAGCUUCAAACUGAGACAUGGAAGAUGUGUGGUAGUUCUUAUCGAAUUGGUGAAUAUAGUUCUUCUCCCGGCCUUUUCUCCAUAUCUGCGUUGGGCUUCCUUCGUUAUAAAAAUAAACACGUUGACAAUCGUACGGUCAUUGAAAGAGCGAUAUUAGAAAGGGAGUUAUUAUUGGACACAACACUUGCUGUAUCGACCAAGAAUGGCCAAAUUUUUAUUUAUAGGCUAAGGCGGUGGGUUGGAGUGGAUAAAAUCCGUUAAACGUAUAAAUAGGUAUAAAGGCUUAAGAUUAGAGUUUGCAAGGUGACAAUUAAAUGCAGCGUUGUAUUUUGAAUCGAUAAUGAUGGUAAAAUAAAAUGGUGGCAUUGCCUACAUAAAUGAUGCGCAAUUGCCAACGUCACUAUUAAA